AUGACGUUUGGUGGACGAGCUCGGUACCACUGUAUACUAACUGACGGUAUCCAGACAGAAAAGUGGGAUUAUAUCGGCAGUGGCUGUGAUGGCGACAACUAUGGCGACGAUGACUGGGUUAGUGAGGAGAAUCAUGCCAAGGAGACGGAAAAUGCUGCAUCGGGAAGAAGUGAAACAUGCGUCCCUUUGGGCAUCGAACUAGAGAAGGAGUUAGAUAGAUAG